AUGCACUGCAAGAAAGCUGUGCUUUCAUGUGGGACAUUGUUGAGCAACAGUACUGCUGAAGUGUGUAGCAGAGUUGUGUUCUCAGCAACCAGAGGGACAGGUGCUAACAUCGUUCACAGCUUCAAAGCUAAAUUGGUUUCAUUUGACCGUCCAUUUUCUGAUUUCCUAACUGACAUUUUUGGCAGGCAGCACACUUAUUUACGAAUUUCCCUCACAGAGAAAUGCAAUUUAAGAUGUCAAUACUGUAUGCCUGAGGAGGGUGUGGGCCUGUCUCCCAAAGAUCACAUUCUAACUACUGUAGAAAUACUCAAGUUAUCCAGGCUGUUUGUGUCCGAAGGAGUCACUAAGAUCAGAUUGACAGGAGGGGAACCACUUGUUCGACCAGACAUACAUCAGAUUAUUGAAGGUCUGAAUGAACUAAGGAGCGCAGGACUUCAGCACAUUGGUAUAACAACAAAUGCUGUGACACUUGCGCGCAGGUUACCUGAACUGAAAGCGGCUGGUCUGGACCAGAUUAACCUCAGUUUAGACACACUUGUGCCUGCCAAGUUUGAGUUCAUCACCCGAAGGAAAGGUCACGACAGAGUGUUGAAAGCCAUUGACAAGGCGUUGGAGUUGGGAUAUGAUCCGUUAAAGAUCAACUGUGUUGUCAUGAAAGGUGUCAAUGAUGAUGAAAUCUGUGAUUUCGUUGCCUUUACCGAGAACAAGCCAGUAGAUGUCCGGUUCAUUGAGUACAUGCCGUUUGGUGGAAAUAAAUGGAACACAAAGAAAUUUGUUUCUUAUCCAGAAAUGCUUUCUUUAAUUCAUGAGAGGUGGCCAGCUUUGCAGAAAUUAUCUGACAAGCCAAAUGAUACUUCUAAGGCUUACAAAGUGCCUGGAUAUGCUGGCCAGAUUGGCUUUAUUACAUCGAUGAGCAACCAUUUCUGUGGUACUUGCAACAGAUUAAGAAUUACAGCAGAUGGGAACCUAAAGGUUUGCCUUCAUGGAAAUUCUGAGAUCUCUCUGCGAGAUGCAAUGAGACAGGGUAAUUCAGAUGACGAGCUGUUGGAAGUGAUUGGUGCAGCAGUCAAAAGGAAAAAGAAACAGCAUGCAGGAAUGACCAACUUAUCCAAGAUGGAGAACAGACCAAUGAUUUUAAUUGGUGGAUGA